AUGAACGUUGUAAAGCGCACGAAAAAGCUGAAGGCGCUUCUUGAUAUACGCAUUGGACCUGGAGCAGCUGUAUUAUCGAACGACGUUAAGCGAAUUCAUCUCGACUUUGCCCAUAAGCUCAACGAUGGCCACUUUGGUGCUCGUAAAGUUUGGCGCAAAUUUCUUCCCCGACUCAAAUACCACAAUCCGGCAAUAUCAAUGACAGUAAACCGCACUCUUGACCAGGAAGGACCCGCGACCCUUACAGUGUUCUUUACACCUCCUCCAAGAUCUUCUUCCGCUACAGCAUCGUCUGCACCUUUUUCGUCGACAGAUCCAUCUACUGCGCCAUCAGGACAUGCGCCUGGUGCCAAAAUAGAGACGAUUGACAUGAAGCAUAAGCACGAGAGUGAGAUUCUAUCUAGGCUGUUAGAGUUGACAAAAGGAAUGCCGUACGAGGCGAGUCCUGAUGAGUUGGCUGAAUUGAGAGACGUGGAUGAUGAGAAGAGGCAGAGCGAGAGAGACAGAGAGGCGCAGGCCAGGUUGAAUGAGAUUAAGAGGCAGGAGAAAGCAGUACUCGAUUUGGCAAGAGGGGGAGUUGAGGCUGCUUGA